AUGCUUCCAACUCUUCGUCUAUCCUUUCUGGCCGUCUUGGCUACAUGCGCCUCAUCAUUCGCUCGGCCAUCCAUUUUCGCGCGUGACACCAGCUUGUCUGAAGCUCUCGAAACAUUUGAAUGCCGAUGCGGAACUUCGGAGUUUCUCUCACUUCCACAUGCCAAUAUCACGGCCUGGGAAAAGGCUAAGCAAUGCUCCAGCUACAAAUUGAUUGACGCUCGUGGAACCGCUGAACCGCAGGGUGUCUCUACAGUGUUCUAUCCCCUGAUCGAGAACAUCCUUGCCAACAUCAGUGGUGGUGUCAGUCUGCCCGUUGAGUAUCCAGCGGGACCUGCCCAGAACACGACCGUUGGCGAGGAUUUUGUACUGAACACUAUCAACGAAGGUCUUUAUCACUGCCCUGGUCAGAAAUAUGCUCUUUUUGGCUACUCCCAAGGCGCUACGUUGAUGCUCAGAGUCCUCAACCAACUUGAUCGCAAUGCCUUGAGCUUGGUAAAAUCGGUUAUCCUUGUCGGCAACCCGUACCGCACUCCUGGGAAAUUUUCCAGUGUCAAUGAGACAGGCCAAAGAGAUCACAGCAACACCGUUGGCAUGUUUACACAUUCUGCUCUUGCUGCAAACACAAACGCUACGAUUCCCCAUCUCUCGAGUGACAUCGACCGGAGUGGCAAAGUGUUGGAUUAUUGUCUUGCUGGUGAUGGCGUAUGCUCUUACAACCCCGCAUGCUCUUGCCAGAUUCCGGCUGGCCAUCUUUCCUACGGACUAGUCGAUACUGUGCAAACCACUGCCUUUGAACACGUUGUUUCUCGGAUCAGCGAAGGUGGCUAUAAUUAA